AUGGCACCUCCAACUCAGUACCUGCCUCUCUUGGGCACCAAACCGAAGCUCAUCGCCAUCUUCGGUCUUCCUGGCUCCGGCAAAACCCAUCUGCUUCGCCACCUCCAGCACACUCUGCCCUUCCAACACUUUGCUUUCUUCGAGGGCUCCGAAGUCAUCGCAGAAGUCAUGGCCUCCUCCGGUGGACUCCCAGCCUUCCUCAGCAUGGACAAUGCCAACAAGAGGAUCGUUCGAGACACUGCGAUCCGCAAUAUCGUCGAGACUUGCACGUCAAGCGAACGCAUCGGUAUCAUGACAGGCCAUUGCAUAUUCUGGGAUGAGGGCGAGGAAUGUCCUGAUUCGAUCUUGGGGAACGCAGACUGGGCAGCCUUUACGCAUAUCCUGUACCUCAAAGUGGAUCCCGCAACGAUUCGAGCGAGAACGCUGGCAGACCAAAGUCGGCCUCGUCCCGACACCUCCAAAGAGCAUCUGCAGUUGUGGCAGGAUGACGAAAUGCGUGACCUUCGCAUGAACUCUCUGCAACAUGACAUCCUGUACUCGAGCGUAUCGGGGAAGCCCGAGGAAAUUCAAAACACGGUCAAAACCUUCAUCACCGACUUUGCUGAACACGACGAGCAGGUCAACAUGUCUCGUGCACUGCAACAUCUCGACUCGUCCUUGCCGCCGGGACGGUCCAUCGAGACAAUGCUGGUGCUUGACGGCGACAAGACGUUGACGGCCAGCGAUACCGGAGACAUCUUGUGGGACAUGAUCAAGGACCCAAAGAUGGCAGUCACCGACCCGGUCAAGCAGAUCUUCGACAGCCCGAUGAGGUACUCUUACACCGCUUUUCGGCAAGCUGCGCUGAUGCAUUCCGAGCGUCAUGAAUCCAUUCUCUUCGAUUUGCUCUGCGAGGAAGUGGCGAGCAGAGUCGUCAUCCAUCCAGAGUUUCUCGCUUUCCUCAGCCAAGUCAAGAAGAACAAGCAGGUCGGCGCCAUCCUUGUCACCUGCGGUCUCACUCCUCUCUGGCGACACGUUCUCAACAAAGCAGGUCUCCACGAAAUUCCAAUCAUCGGCAGCGGUCAGAUCUCCCACGGCUUUGUCGUCACGCCGGAAGUCAAGACAGCGGUCGUCCACCGCCUUCAGCAUGCCUACCACAUGAAUGUGUGGGCAUUCGGCGACAGUCCUCUGGAUCUUGGGAUGCUCAACCAAUCCGAUCGAGCGUUCGUUGUGGUAGGAGAUCAGCGUACCCGCAGCAAGUCAAUGGAAAGCAAGCUUCUCUCCUCCAUUCAGCAAGGUCUUAAAGCCCAGCAGAUCCUUCUACCACCCACCUCCACUUUGCGUCUCGACUCCACCACUCUUCCCCCCAUCCAGCUCCAAGAUCUGGUCUUCGACGAUGCUCGAUAUUGGAUCUUCAACAUCUCUCACGCCACGGACAAGCCCUCCGCUCAGAUUCUCAUGACCGCAACGCGCGACGCCUCCUUCGCCGGUCCUGCGCUUCGACACGCCCAUCAUCAAAUCGGCCGCUACCUAGCAUUGGAGUACGUGAGUGAGAAGAUCGGACUCACCUCGUACCCCAUCCGACAUGUGCAAGGCAAUUUCACCACCGGCCAGCGCCUCCUCGACGAAGACAAGACUCUCAUCAUUGCUCUGAUGCGAGGUGGAGAACCGAUGGCGUUGGGCGUGAGUGAAGCCUUUCCACUCGCUGCUUUUCAUCAUUCCUACCAGCCGGAAGAUGUGCAGGAGAAGAAUCUGAAGGGUAUGAGGACCGUGGUGUUGGUGGACUCGGUGAUCAAUAAUGGGAAGUCGAUGGCGGAGUAUAUCAACCACAUUCGUGGGCUGGAUGUCCCGGUGAGGAUAGUGGUGGUGGCAGGCGUUGUUCAAGAGCAGGCGGUGCAGGAGAAUGGAGGGCUUCGCAAGCAGCUCGAGCGGCAUGGCAGGUUGGACCUCGUGGCGUUGAGGAUGUCAAGCAACAAGUACACCGGGAAGAAGCAGACUGAUACGGGCGAUCGUCUGUUCAACACAACUUAUCUCGAUUGA